UUGAUAUCGAUUGAUUUAUAUAUUUUGAAUCACAUGUUUAGUUUUAUACGUAUAAAAUAAGAAAUAUAAUGAAAUUCCGAGCAAAGGUUAAUUUGUUAGUAUAAAUUAUAAUUUAACAUCUUAAAAUAUGAGCAUAUGCAGCGGUUUCAAUUUAUGACAUUUAUUAUUCCAAAUAUUUACCAGUUUCACUUUUCCGUAAUGAAUUGGUUUCGUUCUUCGACGAACAAUAAAUCGGCGAUAUCGUUGCUAAAACGCCUCAUCAACGGGUAAAAAUAUUUGGCGAUCAAGUGCUGAAGGAUGAGAACCAUGAAAACGAAGGACACCAUCUGGAAGAACACAGAACCCCAGACGUAAAAGGGCGACAUGCGAUGACGAUUGAUGAGCACGUCGACUGUGAGGAUGAAGGCGCAGGCCAUCCUGAGGUAGGCGAAGGCGGCGAAGUAGAGGAUAUCCAACCAGCGAUAGAGCGGCCCAGUCCUGUCGAAGAGCAUCCUUCGGGCGUGGUAGCAGGGAUUGGAGGCCUCGAGGAAGAGCAAGGCUUGGACCGUGCAGGCCCCGAACCGCCCCAGGACAAGAGGAACGGCCAAGAAGACGAGGCCUCCCAGGUGGUGGAACAGCAUGGCCAUCCGCCAGCCCGACCAACCGCUCUUGAGGGUGUCGUGCAAGAAGUAGCUCAAGGAAGUGGUCAGCACCAGCUCCUGCUUCGGCGAGUUGUCGGAGUCCGCGGCCCACAGCAUGAUGGUGGAGUCCUCGCCGUCCGUGGCCAUGAUGAGGCAGACGACGAGCACCGAGUGGAGGAAGGACACCAAGGACCCCGCGAAGACUUCCCCCAGCUUGGAAGAGAACGUCCUGUGGACGAGGCGCCAACAAAGGCUCAGCGGAAGGACAGGUGCCAAUCUAGUUGCUGUUUCGGUCCACAUCGAAAAGUAUUGCACUAAAAGAAUUUCAAAGUCCGAAUAUGAUACUGGUUAGAAUAAAAAACACAUGAUCAAUAACAGUUUUA